AUGCCUCCAAAGAAGAAUGGCCGUCCCCUCACAGGCUCAGAAAGCCGUAGAAGGCCGGUCAGACCCAGAAAGAGUGCUCAAGACGCCAAGGGUGCUCACGUCGACAGAGCGGUUCAUGACAAGGCUGCGCAUGACGACACGGACCUUCAACCUCAAAUCAACAAGGGCUCGAAGGAUGACAAUCAGGAUUCUCACCGAGCCCCUCCCCCGACUGAAGAAGAGAGAGAUUAUCCGCCAGUCUUUUACCCAACCUCAGAAAGUUCUUCGCUCUCUACUGCUCAAAGCAUUGAAACUCUCGAAGAUGAUGAAUCUAGCGAUGAUACGGGUGGCCAGAGAAACGAUUACCGAGGAGGCAGAGAGCCUGCGCUACAUGUUGUUGUUUUGAUUGUCCCGCUCUCGUUUGGCGAGAAAAACAGCAUCAAACUAAUUGUCUCUCGCCAGGGUCCAACGGGGGGCCCUCGUGAAGACAGAGUCACCGGUAUCCUCGUUCGGUCCACGGCCACUAACUGGGCUCCAAACACCAUGGUCGCUGUCGAUGCAGGUACCCUGCUUGCUGGAAUCGUUCACGUCAUGGAAAAGUGCAGGAGCAAGAACGGCAUCGUCACGUCUGGCCCUUUUGCUGGGUUACGCCUACCGUAUGAGACCAGCGGUGCAAACGCAAAGCAUGUUUUCAAGAAGAUUAUCGGACGGGUCCUGAUCACACACCCUCAUUUGGACCAUGUAUCGGCUUUGGCCAUGAAUAUCCCGAUUCUAACCAAAGAAAACGGUCCAAAGACUGUUGCCGCGCUGCCUUCUGUUAUAGACGCCAUGAAGAGCCACAUCUUCAACAACUUGAUUUGGCCAAAUUUUUCCGACGAGGAUGAAGGUAUUGGUUUGAUCACAUAUCAGCGUCUCGCGAAUGGAGGCAACCCAAUGCUGGGCUCUGGCGAUGAACAAGGUUACACUCAAGCUGGCGAAGGAUUGCUCGUUCGAGGUUUUAGUGUCAGCCAUGGGCGAUGCAAGGUGAAAGCAGGUACUGAGCGUCGCCUAAGUAUAUCUUCAGCGAAACAAGCUGGACGGCAACCAAGUGAAUGGGAUCCAAUUCAUUCCCAACCGCCGUCUUCGAGCCAGGAGACAUUGUGGACUACGGUCGAAAGCUCCGCCUUCUUCCUCCGCGACCAGAAAACUGGAACUGAGAUCAUCAUUUUUGGCGAUGUUGAGCCUGAUUCGGUAUCCUUCAAUCCGCGUAAUCGGAAAGUAUGGGAAAUCGCUGCACCGAAGGUCGCUUCUGGUACCUUGCGAGCCAUUUUCAUCGAAUGUUCCUAUGUUGAUUCGACUGAGGAUAUCUAUUUAUUUGGCCACCUCUGCCCGCGCCAUCUAGUCGAUGAAUUGACCGUGCUAGCUGCACGCGUAGCUGACAUCAAGGGACUAAUGUGGCCGCCGAUUCCCAAACGCAAACGGGACAGUAGUUCCGAGUCGAGUAGUCAGCGGGGAGAUAGCAAAGGGAGAGCUGUGUCGAUUCGAAGCAGCGUCAGGAAGCGUGCGUCUUCCGGAACCCGAAUUAGACAGGCUACCGAGACAUCGGACUCGGUACCCCUCGCCAUUGAGCGUCAAGGUCUUUGCCGUCAGACGUGCACUACUAGGGAUGCUCUCGAAGUAGAAAAGCCUUUGGCUGGCCUUUCAGUAUCCCGCAGCAAAGAUUCUUGA